AUGGGUGGCGAGCAGGAUGUUCCCUACGCCAUCCACGUCGAGGACGAGCCGACCUCCAAGGACGACCAGGGCAUAACGGUCGGCAAGUGGGAAGUCGGCUUCUGCGGCUGCUGCACGCACAUGGUGCCCAACUGCCUCAUGUACGACCUCGCGCUCGUGCUCUUCAUCCUGCUGUUCGUCCUCUCGGGUGGCGUGGGAGGCAUUGUCGGCGCCAUUUGGCUCUGCCAGGCGCGCACCCAGACGCGCGAGCGCUUCCAGAUCCCCGGAAGUUGCUGCGGAGACUGCAUGGUCUCGUUCUGCUGCGCCAUGGCGCAACUCGCCACGCACAUCAAGAGCUACAAGCCGGGUGACUGCUCUUUUGGACCUCAGGACACGCUGGCCGCCUACCAGCGCGCUUAG